AUGAUGGCUGGCUUGAGGGUGGACUUCAGCGUGCUCCUGGAGUCUGUGGGCUUUGUUAAGAUCCUCGAAUGGAUUCUUGUCAUCUUUACUCUUACCACAUGUGGAGGCUUUCAAGGUGAAACUACCAUUCUAGUCUCCUGCAAAGGUGUGGUAAACAAAACAAUUACAGCUGCGUUUGCUUAUCCCUUCAGGUUGAAUACUGCUGUGUUUAGUGCACCAGAYCCAAAAGCCUGUGGUGGUACUUGGAAUGAUGCCCAUCUCGUGGGCAACUUCUCCUCUUCUGCACAGCUCUUUGUUGCACUGGCAGCGUUGGUGUUCCUCUACUGCAUUGCUGCCCUUGUGGUAUACAUUGGAUAUAAUCACAUGUAUCAGCAAAAUAACAGGUUUCCAAUAACUGACUUGGUUAUCAGUGUCUUGACUGCCUUUCUGUGGCUGGUCAGUACUUUUGUGUGGGCAAAGGCACUUGCUGACAUCAAGGUGUCCACAGGACCCAGGAUUAUUCCAGGAAUUGAAUCUUGCAAAGCACCAGGAACAACUUGUCAUUUUCUUUCUGUGACUAGCAUGGGAAUUCUGAAUGUGUCUGUGGUGUUUGGCUUACUUAAUAUGAUUUUAUGGGCAGGAAAUGUUUGGCUUUUGUACAAGGACACCAACUUGCAUAACCAAUGGAACAGAAUUUCUGAAAGUCCAGCUGAAAGAGUGUAAAAACCAGUUGAUAUUUUGAAGUGCUUCCACUUUCACAUCACACUAUCAAGAGCAUGGAGCCAUUAGGAUUCAUUUCAAUAAUAACUGAUAAUUCCUACAAACUUCUAUUUUGUGCUAUGGUUUGA